AUGGCCGAUUACACUGCUCCCGGAGCCCCCGGCACCAACAACGCCGCUCCUGCCAUGAACGGCAACUCUGAGGCCAACUUCCAGGCCCCCACCGCCCUUGUUCAGCCCGGCAGCAACGAGGCCAGCAAGACCCUGUGGAUGGGCGAAAUGGAAGGCUGGAUGGACGAGAACUUCAUUAAGAACGUUUUCACCACUGUCCUCGGCGAGACCGUCCAGGUUAAGGUCAUUCGCGAUCGCAACUCUGGUAACGCCGGUUACUGCUUCAUUGAGUUUGCCACCCCCGAGGCCGCUCAGAAGGCCCUUAACCUGAACGGCACUCCGGUUCCCAACAGCAACCGUGCCUUCAAGCUGAACUGGGCUUCCGGCGGUGGUCUGAUUGACCGUCGUGAUGACCGUGGCCCCGAGUAUAGCAUCUUCGUCGGCGAUCUGGGUCCCGAGGUCAACGAGUUUGUCCUCGUCUCGCUUUUCCAGUCUCGCUUCCCGUCCUGCAAGUCAGCUAAGAUCAUGACCGAUGCCAUGACCGGCCAAUCCCGCGGCUACGGAUUUGUUCGCUUUUCAGACGAAGGAGACCAGCAGAGGGCGCUCGUCGAGAUGCAAGGCGUUUACUGUGGCAAUCGUCCGAUGAGAAUUAGCACCGCGACUCCGAAGACUAGACUUCUGAAUCUGGUCCUAACACUUCUUAGCAGAACUCACCAGUACGGCGCUCAUGCCCCUCAUGCUGCCAAUGCCAUGAUGGCUCCUGUCCCCGCCCACGCGGCCAACCUUCAGUGGGGAGUUCCCCCCCAGCCGUACUAUUCCGGUUUCAACCCGAUGCAGCCCAUGAACCAGUUCACCGACCCCAACAACACGACUGUUUUCGUCGGCGGCCUCUCCGGCUACGUCACUGAGGACGAGCUCCGCUCCUUCUUCCAAGGUUUCGGCGAAAUCACCUACGUCAAGAUCCCUCCCGGCAAGGGAUGCGGUUUUGUUCAGUUUGUCCACCGCCACGCUGCCGAGAUGGCCAUCAACCAGAUGCAGGGAUACCCGAUCGGCAACUCUCGCGUCCGUCUCUCCUGGGGCCGCUCCCAGAACAACUCCGGCGUCGGCACCCCCUACCGCCCCGCCCCCCCUCCGCCUCAUUACAUGGGCCCUCCUCCCCCGCCCGGCCCUGCUGGUCCUUAUGGCGCUCCCCACUUCGGCGGCAACGGUGGACCGCCCCCGGCUUUGGUAGGCCAGCCCUCUUACCAGUAUACCCCGGCUCGUUCCCCGGCUCUUCUCACGGUCCCCUCCCCGGCUGCUUUUACGGCUCCUCCCCCGGCUGCUUUUAUGGCUCCCGAGCCUUUUGCGGCCUACGCCGCUCAGCUUACGGGCCCCCCGCCGCCCCCUCCCGCGCCUGUCCCAACUUACGCAACUCACUACGCGGCCCCCCCGACCCCCCGCCCGGCGACCUUGGAGGCGACUGGACGUCACCACCAGCACCCUAGCAGAGUUGCUAGUGGCAGAGCCGCCAGCCACCAUACCAGCAACGGCCGUAUCACCAACGGCCGGAUCAGCAAGCCCAAGAAGAAUGGACCCAGUGGUUCAUAUGGCCAAGGUGGCCGCUUCUUCCGCCGCGGCGGAAUGAACUGA